UGAGAUUAGAACUCCCGCCUCUGCCUUCCCAAUGACCCGAGGCUUCCCGCCCGCAUCCCGCUCGAAUGGCUUCGGAAUCUCGUGAUCGGUGAAGGAGGAGGUUCUGAUCCUUGACCCCUAACCUCAGAGUUUCGGCGAUCUUAAAGAUCAGGUUUUUUUCUGUAGCAAGAUGCCAUCUCAGCCUCCCGGGCAGCUUACCUGGCCGGGAGCUGACCUUGAUCCGCCGGUGGAGGGGUGGGCGGCGCGGUUAGGGACCCGGAUGGAGCCCCCAGCCCUGCUCCUGCUGCAGCUACUGCAGUCCGGACCCGGAGGGGUACUGGGAGCGCUCAAGGCCCUCCCAAGGCUCCGGGCUGGGGGCUCCGAGCGACCCUUCUGCUGGGGCCCCUUCCUGGAGGCGCUGAGCCGAGAGGAACCCGUGCUUGAGGGGCCCGACCGCCGCCUGAAGCUGAAGCCACUGCUGCUGCAGUUGCCCCAGCUGUGCCAAAGGAACCUCUUGUCCUUGCUGUUAAUUGUACAUACUGAGCUUCCCAAGAGUGGACUCCUCCUUGUACUCCAGGCAGCCAAGCGGGAUUCUAACCUGGACUCCUGGAUUUGGGCCCUGGGAGAAUUGCUUCACAGGGAACUGAUUACAGAUGAGGUCACCAAGAAGGCCUCCCCUUUGACACAAGGAUGCCGGGAACAGCUCCAAAGCCUUUGUGGACAUAUAGGCAGAGGAUUGAGGUCAAGCUAUCCCCUGGACCUUGAGGAGAGUGAGGACAGGGGCACUCAGCGCAAACGCAAGAAGGAGCCUGAAGGAGAGCCUGAGGGCUCUGAGAAAGAAGUGCUCUUUAAGAGACCACGAUCCCUAGAAGGAAAAAUAGAAGAGGAGGAACAGCAGCUCCAGGAGAGGACUACAGAUGAACAGGGGUCAUCUGUAUGUGGAGGCAAAGAAUCAUCCCAAAGAACUGAGGGCCGCAGUGAUCAGUCCAUUCUGGAAGCAGCAGGCAUGAGGGCUGAUGACAGACAACAUGAGAAGCUGGUUGAGGGUCAGGAAUUACCCAAAGCAAUCAAGGACCAGGUUCCCCGAAUGCUAGAGCUACUGGAAACUGAAUGGGAGGGCCUAGAGGGAACCCCACCCCUGGAGCUGCAGUUUCUUCAUGAGUGCAGCCCUAACCAGCUAGAGAACCUUUGCUCGAAGCUGCGGCUCUCUCAGCUCCCAGACACAGCCCUCCUACAGUUCUGUAAUCGGCUCCUGGCACUCUCUCCAGACCUUAGCUGUAGCAGUGCCACCAUACUUGCAAGAAACCUUUUCCUUGAACAGGUUCUUUCCCUGACAGCUUCAGCCUCUCGACUGCUCAGAGCUGCCAUUACUGCGUUCAGUGCCAGAUAUCCUCAUCCUGUCUGUAGUGGCCUCUUGAUUCCAGCCUUACAGGCCACAGGCUCAGGCCCCACACAGACAGAGCUUCUUUGUUGCCUGCUAGAGGGGGACACUCUGGAGGCGGACUUGCUGGUGCUGGUGUUAAAACAAAUCUUGGAGUUACCCUGGAGAGAGGAGACCUUCGUGGUAAUGCAGUCCCUUCUAGGGCGACAGAUGGACCUGUCCCCAGAGAAUUUCAGUGUCUUAGUGCAAAAACUAUCCCUUGAAGGCCUGGCUGCUGCUGAUUCUGUGGGCUGUGCCAAGCUGAUCCUGACAGUUGUGACAAAGUACCAAGAUCAGAUCACAGAAGCACACAAAGUCUGCCUUGCUUCUGCAGUGGAGUUCAACACCACCUUCCUGAAAAAACCUAUGCAGGCUGCGCUAAGACGUUUGACCUUUUGAGGUACCUUCCCGACCAGUUCCUAAAGAACAUCUGCCUCAGCUUUAACCUGCCUUCACUAUUAGUUCUCUAGCAGAGUAAGAUCAUCUAGAUAGGUUUGACUGCUCAUUCCGGUAGCUGUUCCAGAGUACUCAGAUCUUCUAUGGCACAAAUGAUGUCCACCUUUCUGGACAAGAAAGAAAUGGAAACAAGUUAGAAAUAACCUGGGGUUGUGCGGAGGAAUGAUCUUACAAACUUAGAGAAGUUAAAGUUGAUUCAGCUAAGUCUGAAUUGAACACAUACUCUAAAAUGUCUGCUAUCAUAGAUUUUUUUGACUGUUAGUUUUGCUGAAGUUCGGGAAGGGGUCUUAAACAGAGUCUCAGAGUUGACUACCUGCAUUUCUCCAUAUAAACCCUUUCUAGUCUUCCCUGAGGACCAUCACUUUUAACAUAGAAUGACAAAGAAGAAGAAGAAGGGAAAAAAAAAAAACAGUUCAAUAAAGUGGGCAUGAGCCAUUGAGUUACUUGGGUCUUUCUUCUCAUUGACUUUUUUCUGCUUCUGUUGCAUCUCCCUGUCCUGCUUCCGGCAGCAACAGAGGUCCAGCAUUUUCCCUUGUCUGAGUCGCUUUACUUUUUCAUGUUCUUCUGACGGGCAAACUCACACUGGUUGCCUCAGGUCAUGGCAGCGACUCCAGUCUGAGUUAGUAGUGUCCAAUAGCACCCUAUUUCUGUUGCUGCCUGAAAGAGAGGGAGAUUCAUUUCUCAUUUCUCUUUUGGAGGCAAGCUUGGUCAUCUUAAUUUUAUAUAUUCAGUUUCUGUUGUUCUGUUGUUUUUGUUUCCAUCUACAUUGUUUUAAUCAUUUUAUGUGCUGUUUUCUUGGUCCUACUUAACUUUACUCUGCAUCAGUUCAUGUACUUCUUUCUGUCCUUCUUUGUAUUCAUGACAACUUGUUAUUCAUAAGUACCUUCUUUUUUUCCUACUUUGCUACUAUGAAAAGUGAUGCAAAUGUAAUUAUUUUGGUGUUAUUAUUUGGUCUUUCUUUUUAUUACUUUUUAUCACUGACUUUCUUAAGAGUAUAUGAAUCAGGAUAGCUGUUAUAGAAAGUGAGAAAGGAAAUUGGACUAAAGACCUGAACUGUGUCUUAUGCCCAGUGAUUUUGAUAUUAAAAAAAAAAAAUUAUUUAUUUAUUUAUUUUGUUCAGAAUAAAACACCAAAUAAAAUGUUCAUUUCCAUAUGUCAGUAGUGUCAAACUUAAACAUAUGUAGGCAUCUCUUAUAGGCUUCAUGUUGACUUAGAAAACUAUAUUUUUAUGAUUAUCUAUUUUAUUGUAUUGUUAUUUGUUUUAUUAAAUUUUCCCAGUUAUAUUUUAAUCUGGUUCCAGCAUACUUUGGAGUGUUGUAGGCCAAUGCAGCUAACAGGCCACAUGUUGAAUGCCUUUGCUUUAUACAAAGUAGAUCAAAUAAUGAGGAUUGUACUUGAAACCAUGAAUCUAUUACUGCUUACCUUUUUCUAUACAUAUAUAAUAAAUACAAUAUUUUAUUUUCAAAA